UUAAAGAAGCUAAUUGUAGGCGUUGUUGAGAACAUAAAACUGUAUUGAAAGAGCGCACGCAGGAUUAAAAAGGAUUAUCCUUACAUUAUGCUUGGAGGGUGGUACUGUCGAACAAUGCAACAAGCGCAGAAAAGUGAAUUAGACGCGGAUGCUAAUGAGCCGCUGGACAACGACAGCACCGGACCUGAUGAUGACAGUGACGACGAAGGUUCCAGCAAAAAGGAAGUAGAUUAUAGAUCCUUAUGUAAAGAUAUGAAGAAAAAACUGAAAAUUCUCCUCUACGAAAAUGCCUUCUUCCAACACAAUCUAACUGUUCACCAAAGACGACUGCUGAAGAUUACACGCGAUCGCUCGUUUCUAUUGGAUCGCCUGUUAGAAUACGACCGGCCUGAGCUAUCAUCGUCAGACAGCGAAGCCACCGUUUCCUCAGAUGAUUCACGCGUAGAAGUAGUUCAAAAGAAACGGAAAACCGAUACCAGUGCUACUCCUAGUAAUUCAGCGUCGAAACCUUCGUCGGUAGCUCAAACGAAACGAGGCAAGAAAGUCCAGAGGAAACAACCACAGCCUACCACUUCUCAGCAGUUCACCGGGGCAACGAAUCAGGAGCCGGUACCGAAGCAAUCUGAAUUGUUGCCAAUGCCUCACUUGUCACCAUCUGUCCUGCUAGAUAGUGCAUUCAUUCCGGGUAUUUCGAAAGAUAAUCAUGUUGAACUGUUGUCUCAAGAAAGACAACUGACCAACGAAGAAAUUGAAAGACAUCUUCAGCUUCGAAAGGAAGUGCUAGAAGUUGUCCCAGAAGGGGAGUUACCAAGUGAGGUGUUUAGUACGGUCCCAUCUAGCGCGAUGUGUGAUGCGCCCAACGACGAAACAGUUGAGCCCUCCAGGGGGAAUUUAGUGGAAGACUGCUUUUCGGUGGAUCUUAAUCUAAUGAAUGUUUAAAUUUCUGAAACACAACGCACAACGCAAUGCCACGUUGUACGAAACCCGUUGGUAGAGUAGAAUGAUAUUUUACAUUUAAUUUCAAUGUUUCCCAUCAUUAAAAUCCCAGAAAUUUGUCAUCUGUUUAAAGCACGAAAUUUAAGGCAAAUGAGGUAAAAUGAAAAAUAUGUAAAACUGUACGUCAAUA